GUUGGCCAUUUUUAACAGACAGACGGACUAUCAAAGUGUUUAAUAGAGACGUCAGUGAAAGCAGAUAUUUAAUUAGUUUAACUAGUCGAAUUGGUGGAGGAUUUUGAGUCUGUAUGAAGGUAAAUUUUGAUCAAGGCUCUCAUUCAGAAUCAGUGGUGAAGAUCUGAUACUGUUGUGUCAUGGAUGACACACAAACACCCAAAGAUGAAGAUUUUUCUCUAGGAUGCAGUUCAGUCCAGCAGGAGAAAUCAGACUCACCAGAGCCCAGCUGUGUGUCUAUGAAGAGUGACUGGUCUAUGGAGCAUCCACACCAUUUUAAUAGUGGAGACACAUGGCCUCAUCUCAGUUCAGUCCAGCAGGAGAAAUCAGAUUCACCAGAGCCCAGCUGUGUGUCUAUGAAGAGUGACUGGUCUAUGGGGCAUCCACACCAUUUUAAUAGUGGAGAAACAUGGCCUCAUCUUAGUUCAGUCCAGCAGGAGAAAUCAGACUUAUCAGAGCCCAGCUGUGUGUCUAUGAAGAGUGAGUGGUCUAUGGAGCAUCCACACCAUUUUAAUAGUGGAGACACAUGGCCUCAUCUCAGGGCAAUCCCGCCACCCAGACCAUUCAUAACAGAAACCAUCUGUAAGAAAAUGAAGUAUGACCAAACUGUAAAUCAACCACAAGACUUGAAUGAAAACAUGUAUCCUGGUUUAAGUGAUGACUCAGCUCUUGCUAAAGUCUUUAACACAUUUAGAUCAAAUCUGAGGAAGAAGUUUCAGUGUCUGUGUGAGGGAACAGCAAAGCAGGGAAACCCAACACUCCUGAAUGAGAUCUACACAGAGCUCUACAUCACAGAGAGUGAGAGUGGAGAGAUCAGUAAUGAACAUGAGGUGAGACAGAUUGAGACACAGUCCAGGAGAGCAGCAACAGAGGACACACCCAUCAAAUGCAAUGACAUCUUUAGACCUUUACCUGGACAAGACAACCCCCUCAAGACUGUGCUGACAAAGGGAGUCGCUGGCAUUGGAAAAACAGUCUCUGUGCAGAAGUUCAUCCUGGACUGGGCUGAAGGGAAAGAAAAUCAGGACAUCCAGCUCAUAUUUCCACUUCCUUUCAGAGAGCUCAAUCUGAUGAAGGACAAAAAACUCAGUCUUUCAGAUCUUCUUCAUGUCUUUUUCCCUGAAAUAAAAGAAAUAGACAGUUUUAGUGAGGAACAUAAUGUGUUGUUUAUUUUUGAUGGUCUGGACGAGUGUCGUCUGUCUUUGGAUUUUCAAAGUGAUGUGAGGUUGUGUGAUGUGACUGAACCAGCCUCAGUGGAUGUCCUGCUGAUAAACCUCAUCAAGGGGAAUCUUCUUCCUUCUGCUCUCAUCUGGAUCACUUCAAGACCAGCAGCAGGAGAUCUCAUCCCCUCUGAGUGUGUCAAUAGAGUGACUGAGGUACGAGGCUUCAAUGAUCCACAGAAGGAGGAAUACUUCAGGAAGAGAAUCAGUGAUCAGAGUCUGGCUGACAGAAUCAUCUCACACCUAAAGUCAUCAAGGAGCUUCUACAUCAUGUGUCACAUUCCAGUCUUCUGCUGGAUCUCAGCCACUGUUUUAGAGAAAAUGUUGAGUGAAGCAGAGAGUAAAGAGAUUCCUAAGACUCUCACUCAAAUGUACACACACUUCCUGAUCAUUCAGACCAACAUCAAACGUGAGAAGGACUAUGAGAAGAAGGUGAAGGAUGAAUAUGUGAUUUUUAAACUGGGAAAACUGGCUUAUGAGCAGCUUGUGAAAAGCAACCUGGUCUUCUAUGAGGAAGACCUGAAGGAGUGUGGUAUUGAUGUGACAGAAGCAUCGGUGUACUCAGGCUUGUGCACUCAGAUCUUCAGAGAGGAGUUUGGCUUGUAUCAGGGGAAAGUUUUCUGUUUUGUUCAUCUGACCAUUCAGGAACAUCUUGCAGCUCUAUAUGUGCACCUCUCCUUCACAAACAACAACAUAAAUGUGCUUAAUAAAAAGAAAAAAACAGCUAAUGAAAACCAGGUUUCAUUAUCUGAGCUGCAUCUGAAAGCUGUGGAUGAGGCUCUGCAGAGUAAAAAUGGACAUCUGGACCUUUUCCUGCGUUUUCUUCUGGGUCUGUCAGUGGAGUCUCAUCAGAUUCUCCUACGAGGACUGAUGACACAGACAGGAAGCAGCUCUGACAGCAAUAAGAAAACAACAGAGUACAUCAAGGAGAUGAUCAAGACGACUCGCUCUCCAGAGAAAACCAUCAAUCUGUUUCACUGUCUGAAUGAACUGGGUGACCAUUCACUAGUGCAGGAGAUACACCAUCAUCUGGAGUCUCAAACAAUAAGUAAAGUCAAACUCUCUUCAUCUCAGUGGUCAGCUGUAUGUUUUAUGUUGUUGACAUCAGAGAAGAAGCUGGAUGAGUUUCAUUUUAAUCAAUUUAUUGGAGGACAAAAUAAAGCUGAAAAUAUGAAAGUUCUUCUGAAGCUGCUGCCUGUGAUUAAAGAAUCCAGAUCAGUUCAGUUGAGUGAUUGUAGUAUCACAGAUGAAGGUUUUGCUCCUCUGACUUCAGCUCUGAGAUCAAACCCCUCACACCUGAGAGAACUGAAUCUGUCUGAGAAUAAACUAGAAGAUUCAACAAUGAAGCUGUUGUCUGCUGUACUGGAGAAUAAUCACUGUAAACUGGAGAAACUGAGGUUGAGUAAGUGUAGUUUCACAGAUGAAGGUUUUGCUGUUCUGACUUCAGCUCUGAGAUCAAACCCCUCACACCUGAGAGAUCUGGAUCUGUCUGAAAAUAAACUAGGAAAUUCAACAAUGAAUUUUCUCUCUGCUGUACUGGAGAAUAAUCACUGUAAACUGGAGAAACUGAGGCUGUGGAGUUGUAGUAUCACAGAUGAAGGUUGGGCUGCUCUGAGUUCAGCUCUGAGAUCAAACCCCUCACACCUGAGAGAUCUGGAUCUGUCCUCGAAUAAACUAGGAGAUUCAACAAUGAAGCUGCUCUCUGCUGUACUGGAGAAUAAUCACUGUAAACUGGAGAAACUGAAGUUGAGUAACUGUAGUAUCACAGAUAGCGGUUUUGCUGCUCUGACUUCAGCUCUGAGAUCAAACCCCUCACACCUGAGAGAACUGGAUCUGACUGGAAAUAAACUAGGAGAUUCAACAAUGAAGAUGCUGUCUGCUGUACUGGAGAAUAAUCACUGUAAACUGGAGAAACUGGGGUUGAGUAACUGUAGUAUCACAGAUGAAGGUUGUGCUGUUCUGACUUCAGCUCUGAGAUCAAACCCCUCACACCUGAGAGAUCUGGAUCUGUCCUUGAAUAAACUAGGAGAUUCAACAAUUAAUUUGCUCUCUGCUGUACUGGAGAAUAAUCACUGUAAACUGGAGAAACUGAAGUUGGAUUACUGUAGUAUCACAGAUGAAGGUUGUGCUGCUCUGACUUCAGCUCUGAGAUCAAACCCCUCACACCUAAGAGAACUGGAUCUGUCUGAGAAUAAACUAGGAGAUUCAACAACUAAAUUGCUCUCUGCUGUACUGGAGAAUAAUCACUGUAAACUGAAGAAACUGAAGUUGAGUUACUGUAGUAUCACAGAUGAAGGUUGUGCUGUUCUGACUUCAGCUCUGAGAUCAAACCCCUCACACCUGAGAGAACUGGAUCUGACUGGAAAUAAGCCAGGAGAUUCAACAAUGAAUUUGCUCUCUGCUGUACUGGAGAAUAAUCACUGUAAACUGGAGAAACUGAGGUUGAGUGAUUGUAGUAUCACAGAUGAAGGUUUUGCUGCUCUGACUUCAGCUCUGAGAUCAAACCCCUCACACCUGAGAGAUCUGGAUCUGUCCUGGAAUAAACUAGGAGAUUCAACAAUGAAGCAGCUCUCUGCUGUACUGGAGAACUAG